UCUUGCAAGUCUUACGUUAUCCUUUAAGCUUAUAACAACAAUAUUUUUGUACUUGAUGAAGCUUAACUGUAAUUUCUCGUUUCCUUAAGGGGAUUAUAUAAAAGUAGGACUGGGGUAAACAUCCUCAGAGCUUCCCAGUUAAGUGCAGUCAUAUAUUAUUGAGCGAAAGGCCGAGUGUGAAAAUGUGUGUAAGACGGUGGAUUUGAAGUAGAUUUGGUUUCAAUCGAUCAGCAGAAGAAUAUUGCUUAUGGUAACAAAAGCAGCAGCUAUGUCUUUCUCGCAGUUUGGAUACCCUUACAAUGCAACUUCUCAGUAUUUCGUGUCGGCAAACACCAGUACGACUUGCUGCGAUUCGAUUUCCAGGUCUGUGACUGAAGGAUCGAGCGCGUCUCAGACAGCAGCCUCCUUCUGCUGUCCCUCCUAUGAGAACCGGCUGCUGGCGAGCACACGGACAGAGCUCAACGCCGCGCUCGGGAUGUACGGCUCUCCAUACGCAGCAGCUGCGGCCGCAGCCGGUCAGAACUACGCCAACUACUUUCCGUACAGCGCCGACCCCUCGGCUUUCUAUUCAAGCUUGAACCCACAAUAUGAUAUCAAAGAGGGAUCUGGAAGUCUUCAUAGCACUAUAACCCAACCUGCUGCCUACUAUCCAUAUGAACACUCACUGGGACAGUACCAGUAUGACAGGUAUGGGACAGUUGAGUUUAAUGGUUCAACACGGAGAAAGAACGCCACACGUGAGACAACGAGCACUCUUAAAACGUGGCUUUAUGAACACCGGAAAAACCCAUAUCCUACAAAGGGUGAGAAGAUCAUGCUGGCCAUCAUCACCAAAAUGACUCUCACACAAGUGUCAACCUGGUUUGCCAAUGCUAGAAGGAGAUUAAAGAAAGAGAAUAAGAUGACCUGGUCCCCCAAAAACAAAGCAGGGGAUGACAGGAAAGAACACCUCAACAAGACUGACACUGACAGCAUUACCAAAGAUUCCAAAGAUUGUAAGGAUGAGCAGGACCUGCAGUUCAGUGACCUGGAUGAAAUUGAGGACGAGGACAGUGACAAGCUGGACAGUGACUGUGAGAAAUCGUGUCAGGAUGACCUCCCGACUUCCUCCCCUCUAAAGAGAGACUGUAACCCUGACCUCCCUCGCCAUUCUAACUUUGCAUCUUUUUCCUGUGGCCUGAAGAAUUUGGGGCUUGUAAACCCUGACUACCCGGAUCCUCUGGGCUCUAAAACACAGCAGCAGCAGCCAUCACCUCAGUCCACCUCCAUAAGUACUGUGGCACUCUCUCACUUUGAGGCUUCAGAGAAGCCCCGGAUCUGGUCACUGGCACGCACAGCUGCUGCAGGGGUUGUUUUAAGCACGCAGCAUGGAGGAGAUUUGCGGACUGGGCCUGCAGACUGUCAGAUGCAGGGAGUCAGGUUGCCCACAGUCGGAGGAGGGCAGAGUGUUGACCUAAUCAAUACUGAAAGCCUUUACCAGGAAGGGCUGCAGGGGAUACAUAAGGCUUACAGUAGUGGAAGCUUCAAGACCCUCCAGUUACACUCUUCGUCCUAUCCUAUACUGACAGAAUCCUGCCAGUACUCCUCAAUAGAAGGCUUUCCCAGCACUGGGAAGAUAGAGACAGAACCCACAGAGCUCAGUGACACAUGUCCAGCACUGCAGGAUACUAAGACCACUACAUUCAGAUCUGUGAUGAAGAGGUGAGGAAGGACUGCAGAAAUGGCAAUAAACACUGGGAUAUUUUCUAUGAUCUACAUUAUGCACUAUGGAACGGAAGCAAAGAAGAACUAAGCUCAUGACAGAAGACACUUGAAAUUCUAGCGCAAUGCUGUGCGCUCUUUCUAGAACUGUGAAAACUGGAGGCAGCCAUAAUUUUGCACAAUAUGAUUUGAUGGUUUCAAUAACUUUAUGCAAUGUUUUGUGGGUGUAUGAGAAUACAUUGUCUGUGAUUUAUUAUGUUUGCACUGGCAAUCCUAGUUUAGUAGCCUACUCCUAUUUAUCUAUUUAUUGUUUAAUUAUUCAUUUGCUUUAUUUAUCUGUACCAUGCGUCUGUGGUCAUGUUCUUAAUGUUCUGUGAUUUACUUUUUGAAAGCUGUUGUAAAGCUUACAGCCAGACUUUUUAAUUUGAUUUACUUAUCAAUAAUAAAUGAGGUGUGAUACUGUGAUCCUGAGGAGUUUGUUGUGUUUAUAUCAAGAAACUGUGUAUAAAUGUGAUGUGUUUUCAUUUAUAAAAUAUUUUAU